AUGGGUAAUUGUGCGCCAUGCAGAUCAUCAGCAGUAUCAUUACCUGCGUGCAAGAACAAGAGCGUCCGGGUGGUUCAUUGGAAUGGCUUCGUGGAAGACUUUGAGGAGCCCAUCACGGUGGGUGAGGUCACGGGCAAGCCGGCCAAGCAUUUCGUGUGCACCCCGGCUCAGCUCCUCUCAGCCGGGUCGAAACCCAUGAAGCCGCAGGUCACGCUCGAGCCGGGCCGCAUCUACUUCUUGCUUCCCUACUCCACUCUUCAGGCCGACGUGUCCCCCGUGGACUUGUCCGCAUUGGUGAGGAAACUCAUGGUGAAAGCGAAAGCUAGCCCGGGGAGACCAAGCGGCACUAGUCCUGGACAGAGCUCUCCGGCUCGGAGCUUCGACCCUAUUCCGAUUUGGAACUCGCCGAGUCGGAAUUCCACUUCGGGCCCAUCAUGGGGUUCGAGUCCGUCUUCUAGUUCGCCAGGCCGGAGCCCGACCCGGUUAUUGGGCGCAGACGGGACAGUGGCGGGGCAGAGGUCAGUAGGUGCUAAAUCAUGGAGGCCGGUUUUGGGUACCAUCAGAGAGAGGUCAUUUAACAGGAGAAGCGAGUCGGAUUUGCAGGAGAAGUACUCCGGACAGAAGAGAGUGGUGUGA